AUGAAGUUCGUCGAAUUGCCCGAUUGCAUCCUUGACAGGAUCGGGUAUUUCAUCCUUGAGGACGAAAUGGAGCUAACUCUGCUUCACAAUCUCCGCCUGACUUGCAAGCACCUAAACAAGCACUUCUCCAUCUUUCUCUAUACGUCGCUCCCUGUCGUAUUAACAGAAAAAUAUCCCGAGCUCUGCUCCCUUUCUGUCAUUUACAACCACAGGCUGUUUAGAAAAAAGGAGGUAUUUUGCUGGGAACGUGAAUUGGAGCAGAAAAUCAGCGAGGCAGAUUUCCCUAGAUUGGAGGUGCUCAGAAUCUCCUCCAAGAAACCAAAAGUCAAUAACAUUGGUGACUAUGAGAGGCAGUUCUCGUCAGAAAAACGUGUGAAAAAGUACCAGCGAAGACAACGAAAGCAUCACAGUCUCGGACACAUGUUUUUCAUGCUCAUGGAGAAGUGCAAAGGCUCCUUGAAAGCUGUGGAGGUCUUGGGGCUCGAUUUUUCCUUUGUCAUGUCCCGAGAGCGUACCAUCAAAUUUGGCAAUCCAGCCACUAUCAUUCUCAACAACCCAUCCAUUAUACAUGCGUAUUCAUGGAUGCCACGAGUCUCUGCCAGAAGGCGUUUGAAUGUAUUGAUUGAAGAUUGCUCUACCAGCGCUGUCCAUGUUACGGUGAAGAAAAAGAAUCAAGAUCCAGUGAGUAUGGUCAAGACAGCUUCGCUUCUACGACAGGUCAGAAGCUCCAUCAGGAAUUGGUAG